AUGAGCGUCAAUGGAUCACAGUCGCGGUUCCCGAUUCAAUCCAUUCAAGCUUCUUGUCAAAAUGUAUUAAAUCCUGUUCAUCAAUGUACACGUCCAGCAUAUAUAAUUGUUCGUUAUAAAUCUAAACAACAAUGUCAAACAUCAAAUCAACGUUUUGAAGUAGUCUUAAAUGAACAUAAACAAUUAUUAACUGAUGCAUGUCGUUCAUGUGAUAUUGAUAUUUGUCGUUCAAUUGAUUUACUGAUACAUAUUGUACAACGUUUAACACGACAAUUAUCAUCAACAUUCUUAAAUGAAAAUCAAACAUUAAAAAUAAUUGAAAUCGGUACACAAUUAUUUUAUUCAUUAUUAUUAGUUUAUAAUGAUAAAUAUAAUGAAUAUAUGCAACCAUUAUCUGAACAAUUAAAUUCAUUAUAUGAUACACUUGGUGAAAUAUUUGUUAAAUCUGAUCCUCGUCAACCACAAAGUAUAUUAGAAUAUAUUGUUUUGAAUCGUCCAAAUAUUUCACGUCUUAUACCAUAUUUUAAUCCAAAUUCAUUAAUUGAAUCGGAAAAAUUUAUUGAUAUUUAUAAAAAAUUAUCAAAAAUGUUUACAUUUGUUGAAUAUAAACCAUAUUUAUUACAAAUGUUUAGAAAAUUUAAUGUUAAUCAAUGGUUUGAAAAUCCAACAAAUUUAAAUCGACGUUUAACAUUUAUUGAUACAUUAUUUAAUCAUUUUCGUUCAUUAAUUGAAAAUUAUAAAUUAGCUGCUAAACGUGAUAAUCCACCUGAUUAUGAUGAAUUACCAUUAAUUGAACAAACAAGUCAAUUAUAUGAUGUAUCAAUAGGUCAUAUGAUACAAAUAUUAAAUUGUUCAUAUCCAUCACAAAUUGGAUUUUUAUUUCGUUUUAUUAUUGAAAGUAUACAAAUAAUGAGAAAAAAACAAAAAAUAAUUCAACAACAAAAUAAUUCUUUAGUACCAUUAGAAUUUCAACAAUCAAUUGAACGUGGACUUUUACCAGCAAAAAUUUUAUCGGAAUUUCUUGAUCAAGUUCAUUAUUUAGAAAAUACAUCAAUAAUUAAACUUGGAAAACAACAAAUUGACGAAAUGCUUAAUUGGUUACAUACAUUUGUACUUGCACAAAUUGAUGAAAAAAGUGAUAAAUGUUUAGUUCAAUUAUAUCAAUCAUGGCGACCAUGUUCAAAUGAAUUAACACGAAUUUAUUCAAUAAUGGUUAUUUUAAAUAUUCAAAAACGUCGAAAUCAUCAUGAUAUGAAUAUAUCUCAAAUAUUUGAACAAAUAUUUUUACUUUAUAGUCCAUUUAUUGAUCCAACAUAUUCAUUAUUUUCUUUGUCAGAAUGGAAAAUAAUAAUCGAUCAUCAUGGUGAUAUGUUAACACGUAUGAUAAAAACAUUUAUACAAUUAUCUGAAGAAUUAUUUAAAUAUAUUAAUGAAUCAUAUAAUUAUCAACAAGAAUUUUUUCAUUGUAUAUUUCAAUAUUGGUAUAAAGUUGUUAAAUGCUUAAUAACAAAUGAAUAUACACAUUCAAUACUUGAUAUUUAUCAUCGAUAUUUACAAGAUAUAACAUGGUCUAAUUAUCGAUUAACAAUUGAAUGUUUAUUAAUAUUUGAUGAAUUAAUUAAUGCAAAUAAUUCUGAAAACAUUCCAUCAACAUCAUUAUAUGAAUUUAUUAUUUAUAUUUUAUCAUCAAUUGAUAUACAUUCAUGGAUGAUUGAAAAUGAUGAAAAAUUAAUUAUGUCAUUAGUACCUUGUCAUUUUCGUUUAUUAAUUAAUAUUUUUUUAAGUCCACAAGCAAAAUAUACACAAAAUAAUGAUAAUUUAAGUCGUUUAGCAAGUCAAUGUGAAUUAAUUAAUUGGAGUUAUUUAGAUUUUGAUACAUAUGUUAACGUUAUUAAUUCAAUUAUGUCAAAAUUUGAUCAUGAUUUUAUUCUUGCACCAAGAGCUUCAAUUAAUGGAUAUUUAAAUAGAAUCCUUCGUUGUGCUUCUGAAUUUAAUUCUUCAUCACUUGCUACUGAUCGUAUACAUUUUAAACGUUUAUGUUAUCUUCGUUUAUUUGAACAAUGUUUAAUUAAUGCUAAAAAUCAACAUGAUCAAGAUGAUUAUCGUUUAACAUUAAUUAAUUUACUUAAUGAUAUUGAAUCAUUAGCAUUACAAGGAAAAUUAUCUUCGAAUGAUGAACUUGUUGAUAUAUUUAUUGAAUUAAUACGCUUUCUUAAUAUAAAUUCAUUUGGACAAACAAUAUUAAAUUCAUAUCAAAAUUAUUUUCUUGAUUGGAUACGUCAUAGUCAAAAUUCAAUAGCAAUGUUAUCAUUAUUUACUAGUAUAUGUCGAACAUUAAAAGAUCGUAAUAGAAAAAUUUUAUUUAUAGAAUCUAUUCUUUAUAUUUAUUUUCAAUAUGAUCAAGAACAUAAUUGGUCCAUAAUAUUGAAUUUAUUUCAACAAAAUGAAGAUUUAAUAAAUUUUAAAAUUGAUGAUUAUAUACAAAUAUGUUGUGAACAUAGUGCUUUUUUAUCAUUAUAUCUUAUUUCAGAAUAUGAAUUAAGAUAUAAUAAACAAAUAAAUAAUGAAAAUAUCUUACAUAACGAAUUUAAAUAUCUUGAAAAAUUAAUUGAUUUAUUUACAAAUGGAAAAUUACGUAUUAAAUAUGGUGAAGAAGAACUUGUUUUAUUAAUGAUGAUUAAAAUAAAUCAAAUAAUUAAACAUCAAUUAGAUUAUGGAAAAAGUACUGAUAUUUUAUUAAUACGUUUAAUAAGAAAUUAUGCUAAUUGGCUUUUGGCAUGCGGAACAGAUAAUAAAGAUAAUGCUUAUGGUGGAAUAUUUGCUAUGAUUGGAAUUGGAAAAAGGGUCCAAUAUUCUCUCAGGUUUCGUUUAUUUACUAAAUUAGUUGGUAUUAUGCAAUUGCAACAAUUAACAGAUGAACCAUUGAAAAUUCGUAUUGAUUCGAAUGAUCGUCAUCUAGAUCUCUCAUCAGCAAAUAAUGCAAUACUUAAACAAAAUUUAACAAAUUUAUCUUUAUCAACGACAAUAAAUGAAUACAGUGAUUUUAAAGGCGAACUCACUCAUUGUAACAGUGAAUAUUUACAACGUACUGAUGUGACUUUUUUUCAUGUUUCUGAUUUAAUUCAUUACUUAUGUACACAUCUAUUUGCUGAUCUGCCAUAUUUGACUUAUGUAUCUAACCAUGACUCGCGAUGA